AUGUCAAUGUCGUCAUAUAAGAACACAUUUGUGGCACAUUAUGUUGUCAUCUAUAUAAUAUGGAUUUUGAAAGUUUGAAACAUACACGUUACAGACCUUUCACUUUACUACAAAGUACAAACCCAAAUCUAAAAAUGACUACAACCACACAACUCAUGAAUCUAAUCGUCGUCGUCCUUCUCAUAAUCUCAUUUGCUAUAGCUCCGGCAAUCUCAACGGUUCCGAAAGAAUGCGAAACCGAUUCAACGAACUCAUGCAUCGACAAAACCAAAGCAUUACCCUUCAAAAUCAUAGCUAUCGUUGCUAUCCUCGUGACAAGCAUCAUAGGUGUCACGGCUCCUCUCUUCAGCCGAUAUGUACCGUUCCUAAGUCCAGAGAAAAACUUCAUGCUCAUCAAGUGUUUUGCAUCUGGGGUCAUAUUAGGAACCAGUUUCAUGCGUUUGUCUGAUUCUUUCGAGAUGUUGUCCUCACCAUAUCUUGAAGACGAUCCGUGGCACAAGUUUCCAUUUGCGGGCUUCGUCGCUAUGUUGUUCUGUCUAGUAACUCUCGCUAUUGAUUCCAUUGCUACGAGUAUCUAUACAAGGAAAGAUGUAUGUGACGGCAGUGAAGACACGACUAGUCCGCUAAUAAUUCAUAUCGAUCACUUGCAAAUAACAACUAGAGAAACUAGCUCUACAUGCUCAAAACAACUAUUGCGGUACCGAGUUAUCGCCAUGGUAUUGGAGCUUGGGAUUAUAGUCCACUCGGUGGUUAUUGGAUUAUCACUAGGUGCGACAAAUGACACAUGCACAAUUAAAGGUCUUAUUGCAGCUCUUUGCUUCCAUCAAAUGUUCGAAGGGAUGGGUCUCGGCGGUUCCAUUCUCCAGGCAGAAUAUACAAAUGUGAAGAAAUUAGUGAUGGCUUUCUUCUUUGCGGUUACAACACCAUUUGGGAUCGCUCUUGGUAUUGCCUUGUCGAGCGUUUACAAGGACAAUAGUCCAACCGCAUUAAUCACGGUCGGGCUACUCAAUGCAUGCUCUGCGGGACUACUUAUUUUCAUGGCGCACGUAGACCUUCUAGCUGCAGAGUUUAUGGGAUCAAUGCUCCAACGAAGCGUCAAACUUCAGCUUAUUUGUUUUGGCGCGGCUUUGCUCGGUUGCGGUGGAAUGUCAGUCCUCGCCAAGUGGGCUUAA